UCAAUGUCAAAUUAACGUCAGAUUUACCCAAACAGAAAUUCGUAUUUAUAUUUAUUUAAUUUUAAGAAUAUCGCAAAGAUGGGCUUGUUUGGUAAAUCUCCGGAGCGAAAUCCGAAAGAAAUGGUAAACGAAUGGUGUCAUAAACUUCGCAAAGAAGGCUAUAAUUUGGAUAGGCAAAUAAGAGCAAUUCAAAGGGAAGAGGAAAAAAUUAAAAGAUCCUUAAAAGAAGCUGCAGGAAAAAAUGAUAAGCAAGUGUGUACAAUAUUAGCAAAGGAAAUAAUUAGGUCAAGGAAAGCUAUUAGUAAAAUAUAUACAAGUAAAGCCCAUCUUAACUCUGUACAGAUGCAGAUGAAAAACCAAUUAGCUACAUUAAGGAUAGCUGGAUCAUUGCAGAAGUCAACAGAGGUGAUGCAAGCAAUGCAAGCUCUAAUAAGGUUACCAGAAGUGGCGCAGACGAUGCAGGAGAUGAGCAAGGAGAUGAUGCGUGCUGGUAUCAUUGAGGAGAUGCUGGAUGAGACUAUGUCUGCAGUAGAGGAUGAAGAGGAAAUGGAGGAAGCGGCGCAGAGUGAAGUUGACAAGGUAUUGUGGGAGCUAACACAAGGCAAGUUGGGCGAAGCACCGGCGCCCCCAAGUGCGGUGGGAGCGCCCUCCACCAGCCGCGAGCCAGCCGAGCCAGAUGAGACGGAGUUGGACGAGAUGCAAUCCCGCCUUGAAGCACUGCGCUCCUAGCUAUUUGCCCUGGAUGGCAACAUUGAGUUCCACAGAUGUUCGCAACGCCUUUUGUGUAAAUAAUUGUUACGAAUUAUUAAGAACAAAUUCAAUUAUACUUAUGUGAAAGCUU